CGUUGGGCGGCGCCGGAGGUUUUGACGGGUGGUCCACCUUCCGAGGCCGGGGACGUUUGGAGCUUCGGUGUCACGUGCUGGGAGAUUUUUGCCAACGGCGCGGAGCCCUACGCGUCCCUCAGCAAUGCGCAGGUGGCUCUGGCGCUGCGUGCCGGCUACCGCUUGGACCGGCCGCGUGGCUGUCCACUGGAGCUUUGGGAGCUCAUCCUGCAGUGCUGGUCGGAGGACCCCUCUGUACGACCCACCUUCACAUCCAUUGCGGAGACGCUG